AUAAUCAAGGAAUUUGACAAGUUCGUGAGUGGAGAAACCAAUGAAAUGUAUGAACGCUCCGUAUUCAAUAGCCGUGACCAGAAAGAAGGCGAAUCCAUUGAUACAUACGUAGGAGAACUGAGAACACUUGCACAAUCGUGCAAUUUCUGCACGUGUUUACACGACACACUUAUCCAGGAUCAGAUCGUUCUUGGCCUACGCGACAGAGGCACGCGCAAACGUCUAUUGCGUCAGGGCAAACUAACGGUGCAAAAGUGCAUUGAGAUCGCUAAGAGUGAUGAAGUCUCAAACACACAGAUAAAGAAUAUGGACCAAACUUCUCCAGAACCUCAGAUGUCCAUAAAGUGAAAACAACGAAACCAAAGAAAUCAGAACGCAAAAAUCCGAAGCAAACAAACUGAGAUAAUCCGAACCAGAAAUAUAAUAAUGACAAGAUGUGUACGAGUGGCAAGCCGUGUGAUUUCUGUGGGAGAAAACAUCGUAGAGGCAGAGCCAAUUGCGCCGCUUGGGGCUGCGUUUGUGGAGCAUGUGGAAAGAAGAACCAUUUUGCGUCCCAUUCGAAAGCAAAAGAGAAAGCACACAAUGUUGAAUUAGAAGAAGGCGAAACCAGCGACGACGAAUUCUUUUAUUGGAUGACCCCCAGUGUCUCGGAACCCGAAAUUUACGCACAGAUGCUUAUCAAUGAACAGCUCAUUAAGUUCCGUAUUGAUUGUGGUGUAACCGUUAAUGUUCUGCCGAUCAAGUACGUCAACAAAGAAGAUAUCCACCUGACGAAACGUGUUUUGCAACUGUGGAAUAAGACUGAACUUAAACCUGAAGGAAUUUGUCGCGUGACCAUACGCAAUCCACGAAAUCGGAAAAAAUACUCAGUCGAGUUCAUUGUUGUCAACGAGAAUUUGACCCCACUGCCGGGUGCAGCAGUAAUACAGCAGAUGGGCCUGCACGAAAAGUGCACGAAAAAAACUUCGGAAAAAAGGCCGCAGCAAGAAUUGCAAGCACGAAGCAACAGACAACCCAAGAAAUCAUUGAAGAAUACCGUGACGUAUUUGAGGGUGAUUUGGGGACACUAGAAGGAUUACAACACCUCGACGUUGACCCUUUCAUGCCCCCCACCAUUGCACCAUCGCAACGAGUGCCAUUCGCCAUUAGGCCCAAG